AUGGCUCCAGUAAUUCAUUUCGAUUACGACUUCUCCCCCUACGGUCAAAAAACCAAACUCCUCCUCGCCGCCACCCAAACCCCCUUCCAAAAGUCCGACCAACCCAUCGUCCUCCCCCGCCCGGACCUCCAAGCCCUCGGAAUCGCCUAUCGGCGCAUCCCCCUCCUCGCCAUCGGCAAGGACGUCUACGUUGACAGCGCCCACAUUAUUCAGAAGAUUCUCUCCGAGCUCGCCGUCAAACCCAUCAAGCGCUCACCCGCCGACCACGCCUACGCCGUCUGGGGCGACACGGUCUUCUCGGAGGCGCUGGCGAUGAUUCCCUCCGAGAUGCUCACAGAGGGCUUCGUGAAAGACCGGGAGGCGAUAUUCCCCUUCCUGACGCGACCCGAUCUCAAAACCCUGCGUCCCAGCGCCGUGGCGCAAUUCCGCUCCCGACUGCGACAGGUCGAGGAGGAGUUCCUCGCGGGUUCGGCGGGGCCUUUCAUCGGCGGGUCCGAGAUCUCGCUCGCGGAUAUCCAUGUCGUGUGGACGCUGCGGUGGGCGUUGAAGAAUCUGGGCAUUGGCGAGAAGGAGGGCGCGGGCAGGGAGCAGUUUCCGAAGGUGUGGAAGUUGGUGGAGAGUUUGCCUGAGGCGGCGCCGGAGGUUUUGGAUGCGAGUACGGUGAAGAAGAGGAUUUUGGGGAGUGAGUAUACGGCCAAGGGGCCGGUGGAGGUGGAGGCGGGGGAUGCGUAUGGGAUUGAGAAGGGGGCCAGUGUUAAUGUGGAGAGUUUUGAUUCGACCCCUGGGAGUUUCCCGCAAGCUGGCAAGCUGGUCGGCACGACGAUCGACGAAGUCGUGAUCGAGAUCAAAGAUGGCAUCAGGCUGCAUUUCCCCAAGAUCGGAUAUAUCGUUCGACGCCAGUAA